UACUACUUCUCCUUCCCUCCGCUGCUGCUGCUUCUCCUUCUUCUUCAACCUACUGCUGCUCGCCCUCAACCCUCUCUGCUGCUUCUCUCACCCGGAUGCCACUGCUGCUACCUGUUCCUAAGCUCGCCUGCUGCUGCUGUUCUUCUUCUUAUCUCCAAGUCACUGCUGCUCCUCCCCACGCCCAAGCUGCUGCUCCUCUCUCUUGCAUCACCUAUUGCUGUUCUUCUUCUUCUCCUAACCUGCUGUUCUUCUUCUUCUUCUCCUAUCCUUGCUGCUGUUCUUUUCUGAACCAUCUUGCUACUGUUAUUCCCUCUCUCUGAUCUCAAAUUUCUGUAAUUUUGAGAAGUUUAUUGUUCAGUACUUUGUAAUAUUCAGCAUUGAGAUGUUUAGUACAAGUAAUAUUCAAAUUUGAUAAAAGCUUGCAACCUGGCAAUUGUUCAGUUUCGUACUUGUAAAAUAUAGUGCAUUUUAUUAUGUGCUCUGACUAAAUAAUGUCCAGUUGUUUGGAUAAUAAUCUUCUAGUAUAUGUGUGUGAUCCCCUAUGUGUAUGUUUCUUGACAUCUACUGUAAUCUGUCUGUACUAGUAACUUUGCUAUAGUCUAAUUGAUGUUCAGUUGUUAGUCUCUGUGCUAGCUAUGUACCAGUGGCAUUUAUGCUUGUGAUUUUCCAGUGAACUUGUUUAAUUUCAGUUCAUAUGUUAGCUCAAGUACCUUUGCUAUAUAAAUAUAUGUGUGUGUGCUUGUGAUUUAAAUAAUCUGUUUUCUGUCCAGUAAUUUUGUUUCUUCCCUCUUUCAUACGCUUGCUAGAUAUAUAUGUCCAUGUCUUUUGACUUCCCUUGUCACUGAUGUUAGCCUUUCAGUUUCUAAAAUAAUAUGAAAAUACCAAAAAGACAAAGUGAAGAUAAUCUUCAUCUCCCUUUGUUUCUGUGUUAUUUCUUUUGUUGAUAUCCUUGUUAGUGUUCGGUUUAUUUUCUAUUUACAUCACUUAAUAUUGUGUUACCUAGAUUUAGCCGAGCAUAGUCGCCGUCGCCUAGUCCCUAUGGGGAACACGACACUCGCAGUUCGGGCAAAAUAUCCCGCUGUACUUUCAAUCGAUCAUUUUGGCGCCGUUGCCGGGGACUAGCGUCGAGCGUUUGUGUGAAGCUAUAGACUAGGCUUGGUAUAGUUCUUGUUUAAAUUUCCAGUCAAAUUUAUUUCUGUGUUUCUUUUACCUUUUUACUUUUUGUUGCUUCGGCUUAUUAGGAUACUAACCCUCUCACCAGUGCUUGAUGUUUGUGAGCGUGUGUACGAUAUCAUACUAUUUGUAGGCUGAUUGACAGUUGCACUUGAACAUAUGGCUUUAGUACGUGAUCUUUGGUUGCCAAGUAGUUUGGACACAAUGACAGGGCCGAUUUGGCCAUCUAUUGAGGCCGAAAAUUUGAGUUGAGGCCUGGACUUAUUGCUCUUGUCUUGCAGAAUCAGCUUAGAGGAUUACCCAAUGAAGACCCUCAUGAGCACAUUGUAAUGUCCUGGAGUAUGCCAAUACAGUCCAGUACCAUGGUGUUUCCCAAGAUACUAUCAAGGAUAUUUUCCACUUUACAAGCAAGAUGCAAUUCGUGACCAGAUCCUCAGUUUUGCGCAAGAUGGAAGUGAGAACUUGUAUGCAGCUUGGGAGAGAUGUAAGUAUUUGCUUAGAAAAUGUCCUAAUCACGGGCAAAAGGAUUGGUUAGUGCUCCAGAUAUUCUAUAGAGGGCUGACACAUGCUUCAAGAGAUCUUAUUGAUAUGUCAGCUGGUGGAACAAUUAUGAACAAGACCGUUGAGGAUGCAAUUAUUCUCAUUGAGAGCAUUGGCUUCCACCAAAUGCAAUGGGGUUAUGAAAGGCCUAGUUCAAAUCCGAAGGUUGCAAGCCGUCUGCAAUCAGAAGCUGUGUGUUCCAUAAGUGAACAGAAAUCAUCCAUGGUGCCUAAUAUUCAAAACCAGCAUGUUUCAUUCCGGGGACAACAACAUUUCAGAACUGAAUUAGAUCCUCCAUAUAGAAAGAUUGAUCUUACUUCAAUUAUCCUUGAUGAUGAUUAUGAUAUUUUUCAAGAUGAUGCAACCAUUGUAGAUCAGAUGGAAACCAUAGUAGCAGAUCCAAUACCUCAUGGCAAUGAAACUGUCCAAAAUGAGUCAAAGUUGCAAGAUGUUUAUGAGGAACCUACUCUGAUUGAUGCUAAGUUGAGACAACAAGAUAUGGAGAAAUUCACUUGUGUUAGUCAACUAUGUGACUGGUGGAAUUUAGUCGUGUCACCAAUUGCCCACACUUGUGUUACAACUGUAUCUGGGCUAUUUGUCAAGAAGAAAUCAUUAGCUCCACCGGUGGUUGCCUCUAUCACAGUUAAAGAGAGUAUCUCAGAGAAGAAUAGUGAAGAUGAGAUUCCAACUCCUGCACAUACAACUAAGCAAGUCGGAGACAUUCCAAGGAGAGAGAUACAAGAGGAUGAGUCAAAUUUAGAAGAGUUGAUACUUCAAUGUCCUGAGAAGAUCCCACGUGUUGCUGAGCUGCAUGACUGGUGGAAGUCAUCAGUGUCACUGUUGAAACUUAGCAGUGAUGGUGAUGAGGAGAACAUUGCUCAGAAAGACAGCGAGGUAGUGAUCUCAGCACCCCUACCAGAACAUGUUAGUGCAUAUUCACAGAUGGGGACACUUCAGACUCAAUUAGGUGUUGCUGGUAGUAGCACCAUAGAAUAUCCACAGGAAGAGAGACCUCAACUUGAAGAAGAUUUACAAGUAGACGAGGAACAAGAUGACGAAGAGCUUGACUACCCAAGCGAUGAAGUUGAAGACAUAAUCUCUAUCUCUCCUAAAGAAGUACAAGAAGCUGCUGUAGAUGAACUUGAAGAACCAGAAAUGCAUUUGCCCAUCGUCAUACAAGAGCGUGAUGUAGCAGGUUUAUCUAAUCCUCUCGACGACAUGUGUCCUUACGAUUUCUUUGCUUCUACCUUCCAUUACAUGAUACCAUCACUUAAGCUAGACUUGAAAAACGGUUUGCUUGGACAUGAUCAUACAUACCCUGUUAUUGGCAUUUCUCUCAUUUAUGAUGACACUUAUUCUCCUCAUGCUAGACCUAUGCUUAAUGAUAAAUAUCAUCCUUAUGCUAGCAUUGAGCUUACUGAUUUCUACCAUCCUAAACAUGUGCUUUAUAGCUAUGCUUAUGUAAUUGGAUAUUCGAUUGAUGACUUGGAGGGUAUUAUCCCUACCACCUGCAUUGUCUCUUUUGUUGAGAGUUCUUUCAGGUUUUUGCUUGUGCACGAUCCACUACAGGCUGACAAGGUUCGAGGUGACAUUCCUUGGGACCCUGGUGGACUCAGAGCAUGGUGACGAGGAGAAGCAAGGGGCACACACAAAGAAGAGUGAACCUGGAGCAUCCAUGAGGAAGCAAAGGUGAAGAGCUGCAGUUGGUGAGAUGAUCGAGCUAGUGCUACAUCAUUUGAAGAGCCCGGCGAGCUGUUUCAUGACCCAUUCUGAAUAUCAUAAAUACAUGCUGAAUUCUAUUGCUAGUUGGGCUGCUUGAACCAGUUAUUACUUGUUGUCAAGCUGAAAUUCACCUUUGGCAUUGUGCUUGAUGUGAAUAUGUGAACUGAGUGUUGAAUGCCUUGUAAACUAGUGAUCUACAUAUUGCUUGCUUUGCUGAAAUUAGUGAAAGUUAUUAGUUUUGAGUGAUCAAA